UAAUCAACUAUUUUAGCAUCUCAUUUGCUACAAACCUCACCAUAUUUUAUUUGCUCAAGAUUGUCAGUUUCUCCAACUUUAUAUUUCUUCACUUAAAGAGAAGGGAGAAGAGAGUCAUUCUGGUGAUGUUGUUCCAGAUGAUGGUGGUUUUGUUUUUCAUCCUGCAGAGGCCACCAGAGGAGACCAUAUGGGAUGACACAGUUCCAGGCAAGGGAUCCACGAUCCAGCACCAGGCUUUACAUGAAAACCUGGCAAACUGUGGUCUCCUCUCUCUUGCUAUUUGCCACAUACUUUAUGUCUGCCAUUUAUUCGUCCUGAUUUGGGGAAACUGGAAGCAGAAACAGGUCUUCCUGUUGGUUCUGUAGCAGGUGAGAUGUUUUCUGAAGGAACAGAAACCUUCAAGUCUAUAG